CAGUUCUUCCGUCCGGUCUCUCUCAACCGCAUCCGCUAGCGCCACGAGAGCAGCAUGGCAGGCGGCGAGUUGCGGGCAGCGCUGGAGCAGCGCCUCGAAGCCCUGGCCAUCCGCACGGAGGUCGUGGAGCACCCGGAGGUGUUUACAGUUGAAGAAAUGAUGCCUCAUAUCCAACAUUUGAAAGGAGCACAUAGUAAGAACUUAUUUCUUAAAGACAAAAAGAAAAAAGGCUAUUGGCUGGUGACAGUUCUUCAUGAUAGACAAAUUAAUUUAAAUGAUCUUGCCAAGCAGUUAGGUGUUGGAAGUGGAAAUCUGCGGUUUGCUGAUGAAACAGCCAUGCUAGAAAAACUGAAAGUUGGCCAAGGCUGUGCCACACCGUUGGCACUCUUCUGUGAUGAUGGAGAUGUGAAAUUUGUUCUGGAUUCUGCUUUUUUGGAAGGUGGACAUGAAAAGGUGUACUUUCAUCCAAUGACCAAUGCUGCAACCAUGGGAUUGAGCCCUGAAGACUUUCUCACAUUUGUGAAGAAGACAGGACACGAUCCCAUAAGACUAAAUUUUGAUAAAAACUAAUUGGGCUAAUGUUUAGAAUACAUUUAUUUCUGAAAGCUGUUUUUCUUACUUGUAAUUACGAAAAGCAUUAGAAGUGGUAAGAUAUAUAUAGCACCUUGGUUUGGUGACUACCUACUACUUAAGGAGCUAUUUAACUAUUUCAUCUUAAAGGAGCUGUUUUUAAAAAGAUAUAUUGAGGUAGUUUUAGUUAGCUCAGAGAUUCCACCCUCCCCUUCCCCCAUGACAAUUAGUUGUUACAGGAGUGCCUUGGACAAUUAAGGAGUAAUUAACACAGGGAGUUCUCUGGUGGCCUAGUGGUUGGGAUUCCAG